AUGGCGACCAUCACACUCGUUCUCACUUUCCUGGCUUUCAUAGCCCAGUGCUUAGCCGGUAACGACGGCGACUGGACAACUACAACGACGGAUACUUGGUGGACACCCUCACCAACGACGACAGUCUGGUGGACACCGACAACAACAUCAUACUGGUCAACCUGGACGCCGACAUCGACAUAUACAUCAGAAUACACGCAGCAAAAUGUGAUAGUUACAGUGACCUCGACACUGCCCUGUCCCGCUACCAGCACGGUCGUGACUUGGGUAUGCUGCGACCAAUGCGAAACGAAUUGUCAGAACACGCCGACGUCGACCACCACAACUAACUGGGGAGGCGUCGGCACUGUCACAGUGACGUCGCAUACUACGAUCACGCCUACCACCACUACUACCACCUCCUCCUCGCAGUCGGUUGUGUACGCGACAACCACGAGCGGCAGCCUGGUCAUCGUGUAUGCGAGUACCGCCACAGUCGCCACAGCCGCAAGCGACACGACUGCGACACCGAGUCUCGUCUACGCUGUGAGUAGUGAUGCACAGGAUGGCACGACUCCGAGUCUAUCGUCUUUUGCCAUGGUUUUGGCCAUGGUGGCUACUGUGAUGAUUUUGUUAUGA